AAUUGAGUAAAAAAUCAAACUUGUUUUUGUUAAAUAAAGGAAAAAUCUGUAAAAGUAACAUGUCGGCCUUAAAGGCCAACCGAGUUCAACGUGUGCAUACGCAACUUAUGCCACAUCAACAACAACAGCAACAACAUCGCAAAAGCUUGCAACAAAUGAAAACAAAAUAUUAUUCCAUCAAUUAUACUAUAAAUAUUGAAAAGAACAGGUUCUCUACCAAUACCAAGUGCAGCGUCAAGCAGAGAGCAUCUUCAUCAUCGGCAUUUUCGUCAGCAUCAAUGCUGUUAUCAAAAUCACGCUUCACUAAAGCUCUCUUUCUUGUUUGCAUACUCUGCGCGUUGGUAGAAUACAAUGCUGUUGAAUGUGGAAGCACUGGUGCUGUAAGACCCGGCACAGGUGGUAAUGCACCACGUCUACCACGUACCAGUGCUAGUCAGCUGUAUAGCGGUAACGGUAGUAAUGGUAGUAAUACAAGUGGUAACAAUAAACUGCCAAACAAAACUUUGAACACCACGCGAAAUGGAAACUUAAGAAACAGAGAACAGCAAUUGCUUAAUAUAUUUGAAGUGAUCAUAUCGACUCUUGAAGGGAAACUAAAACGAAUUGACAACUUGGACAAAUCAGUGGAGCACAUGAUGCGCCGCAUGGAAGCAUUAGACAAUCGUGUUGCUGAUAAUAUAAUUAAAACUGAUUCUGUAAUAUCAAAACUAAAUUCUUUAGACAUCAAACUAUCUAAUGACAUAAACAUUCCAAUAAAUGAUGACUCGACAACUACCAUACCAACGGGUUCUAGUCCAAUAUUUUCUUCAAGCUUGCAACUUGAUAACCGUCUUGUUCUAUUAGAUCAAAAGGUUAGUGACAUUGAUUCGAAACUGGAAGUACUCAAAACUCAAAUCGACAACAACUUUUUGCAAGUUGAUGAUAUUAACGUGGAGGCAAGUGAGAAGAAACCAAUUAGCAUGAAUGUAAUUGAGAUAACUAAGGCAAUGUUAGCAACUGAACUGAAUGAGUUACGCGAUACAACUGAUAAUAUUGAUAAAAAAUUGCAAUUUCAUAUUAAUAUUGUAUCCGAGAAUGUAGGACGCAUGCUACGCAUGGUUGGUGACAUACAUGAAGCAGUUGUCGAUCAUAAUGAACAAUUGAAUGCAUUAAAUGCAACAACAACAGCAUUACCGAUUAUCAAAUCAAGUAAAAUUGAUGCACUGGUUAAGCAAAUACGUCCAAUGGUAUCAGUUUCAGAAAAAAUGGACGAAGUAUGGGAUGUUGUUGUAGGUACGAAAUCAUCUGUUGAUCAUUUAUUGCCGAAAUCAGAUGCAUUGCUAACACAAACACAACGUCAGGAACGUGCGAUUGGAGAAAUUCACCAUGAUUUGAAAACUAAAACUAAUUUGAUUAUUAACAAUUUGGACAUGGUAGAAAAACGUUUAAAGAAACAGGAAGAUGAUGUACAAAUCUUAGCACAACGUCCUGUACCACCUGAACUGUUAAUGGAUCCAACAAUCGAUCGUUUGGUGGAAUAUGAUCCCAAUAGAUAUUCCAUUGUUGAUGAAAUUACAGAAUCUAGUAAUCCAACUACACCGUUAUCUACAAUAUCUUAUGCAAAUAGUACUUCAGUUGUACCAACUUCAGUUGCUACACCAAUUGCAACAACUGCCAGCUCCUCAACUGUGCCAGUGCAAAAUCAAACAGCGACAACUGCAGCUAAUACAACAAGUACAACUUUGAGCAGUGUGUUUACCAUUUCUGCAAACACAACAAAUUCCUCAUUAGCGUCUAGUACCAGUACCUCAACAUCAGCAACGGCAAUAAAACCCAAAAAAGGUGGCAUUAUAUUCCCAAGCGUUAAAAAUAAGCCAUCUGUUGUCAAUACAACAUUUUCAACCGAUAUACUAACACUGAAGGACAUCAAGGGUUUCUCGUGCGUUGACCUGUUAAACGCUGGAAUGAGACAAUCCGGUGUGUUUUACUUACAAAUACGUGGCACAACGUAUUGGUUCCUUAAGGUAUUUUGUGAGCAAGAAGUAACUGAUGGUGGUUGGACGGUUAUACAGAGACGUGAUGACUAUGGUGAGCCUCGUGAAAACUUCAACCGAGACUGGGCCGAUUAUAAAAAUGGUUUUGGUGAUCCUGCAAAAGAGUUUUGGCUUGGCAACGAAAAUAUAUAUAUGCUUACUAAUAACGAAGAUUAUGCUUUACGAGUUGAACUAGAAGAUUUUGAAGGAAACAAAAGAUACGCCCAAUACUCACACUUCAAAAUACACUCAGAAGCGGAUUAUUAUAAACUUGAAAUUGAUGGUUAUGAUGGCAAUGCAGGGGAUUCUCUAAAUGAUCCAUGGUAUGGUUCAAAUAAUAGUCCAUUUUCGACAUAUAAUCGAGACAAUGAUAGAAGUUCUCUAAAUUGUGCCAGUAUGCUUAAGGGUGGCUGGUGGUGGAAGUCCUGCGGAAGAGGCUUAAAUGGAUUAUAUUUGCAUGAUCCGCAAGAUUUGACAGCUCGUCAAGGCAUUGUCUGGUUCCGUUGGCGCGGAUGGGAUUAUACUUUGAAAAAGGCUACGAUGAUGAUACGUCCCAGAGCACCGCAACCCAUGUCUAGCACAGUUUCAACUGUAUAAAUAUAAACACAUCAUAACUCAAGCUAUGCAUACAUAUUUCAUGCUCUAAAGAAAACCAUUUAAUAUAUUAUCGAAUUUUACUGAAAAAUAUUCGAUAUU